AUGGUCGGGGAUGCAGUGGUCCUCCUGCUAUUGUCCCACUGCUUGUCCUGCAUCCUAUCACAGAUCCCGGACCCUGAGCUUUUACCCACGGACCCCCCAAAGAAGCCAGACCCCGUCACAUCAGAGACUGUUGUAUUUUGGGGGCUGCGCUUAUGGCAGGUCAUCGGCAUCUUUGCUGUGUUUGUUUUAGCAGUUGUGAUUACCCUGUGUUGCAUUUUCAAAUGUCGAAUCCCAAGGACCAAGAAGGAAAUUGAAGCGCGUCAUGCACAACGACAGGCUGCCAAGAAAUAUGCCAACACUUUGGAGACGGUGCCACCUCUUAAUGAGCUGACAGAGGUGCCGGGAUCCAUUCCUGACACAUCCACUGUCCAAACGCUCUCUGAGCAGGUCCAAAGCGAGAGCCAUACCGACAGUCAGCGCUCUCUGGUUGGUCUCACUGAAGAGCAGCCCAGCUCACAAGCUUUGCCGGAGACAGCGUGA